AUGUGCUCCGUGUUUUCCCGCCUCAGUGGGGAUCAGCUGCGAGUGACGUGGAAAGCCAAUGACUUGCACCAGUGCGUCUUCCGCGAUUGGCUCCUCCAGUGGAGGGAAUGGAGCGCUGGGGAGUGGAUGAAUGCCUCCAACUGCAGCGAGGCAGACACGACCACCGACCCCGAGUGCUUUCUGGAUGCGGACUUUGGCGCGACAAAUGCACGAGAGCUGCGGGUGAAGAGGCUUUGUGAGGCCACAGAGGCCGACAGCGAGUUCCUCUACGGCGCUCCAAUUCGCUGGAUCUCCCCGAGCCUUUGGGAGGUCUGGGCUGGUCCAUCGGCCAGCAGCGUCGCCCACGUGGACGUCGUCCUGGUGCCACAGGCUGUGGAGGUGGCCCUGAACUCCGGCACGCCUACAGGCCAGUUUUCACUGUGUUUGAACGGUCACAACGUGACGAUCACCCGCGCAGAUGCGACUGACGGCUGGUCGGAGGAUCUUUGGAUCCGCUGCGACUUGCAGCCCUUCGCCGACUCUGCGACGCCGCCCGCAGCGCCGCUGGAACUCACGCUGGCGCGGGACCCGAAAGCCCAAAACCCCAUCGGCUGUGGCCGGUGGUCUCUGCCUGGCAAAAUGGGAAACUAUGGGCCCAGAGGAGACCAGCCCAGUUUGUAG